GAACAGAAGAAAUAACAAGCAAUAUUCAGAUUUUCUUUUCCAUGCAUAACCUAUACAGCAUGCCGCUCUUAUCCCAAGCAUGUAACAUUUCCCCAGCACAAGACAAGAUCUUUCUUUUCUCAUCAAAACAAGAAACCAAAGCCCGCUUCCGGCGGCAUCGGUAAGUAGAGCUGUAGAAAUACUUUCUACAGUUCCAAAGCUUGUAUUCAGCCCCCUCCAUGGAGAGGGCGGAUCAUAAGCCGCCGUUUAUCCAUCCGCACAGGAUCCCCCUCACGCUCCCCGCCGCCCGUGACCCGCGGGCUCCGGAAAGGCGUGACCCGGCCCCGCCCUCAGCGCUGCGGGCUCGCUAUGGCGGCGGCGCGGCCGGCGCGGGCCCGGGCCCUGCUGCAGCAGAGCGUCUCCGCCCGCCUGCAGGUGCGGCCGCCCGAGAGCGGCUCCGAGGCGCAGUGGGUGGAGAUCCAGAGAGGGCUUGUUAUCUACAUAUGCUUCUUCAAAGGUGCUGAUGAGGAUCUUGUCCCAAAAAUUGUUGAUACGCUGUUGAAUGUUAAAUUAAGUGAAAAUGAAAACGGCGAGUUUGUCUCUGUUCUUGAUUUACCAGGCGAUGUACUCAUCAUUCCACAAGCUACCCUAGGUGGUAAACCAAAGGGAAGAAAGAUGCAGUACCAUGCAAACAUUGAAAAAGAAAAAGGGUUGGAACUUUAUUCUCAGUUUGUGACUUUGUGUGAAAAAGAACUGGCUGCCAAUGCCAAAUGCAUGGAAGCCGGUGUUCUUGUCAAGCAUGGCACGUAUGGAAACAGGCAGGUGUUAAAACUGGAUACAAAUGGACCUUACACUCACCUGAUCGAAUUUUGAAAAAAUAAAUUGUAUCCCAA